UUCAAGGAUAAUUUAUUUAGUUUUUUUUAAGAUCGUGAACAUCUGUGUCUAUAGUCACGGAAGAAUCACAACUUCGAGGAAACCACCAAUCGUAGACUACAACCCGAAACGUUAUUCUUCCUAAUUAAUGUCUUACCUUUAACUGGGAUUGUUUGUACACUCACCAGAUCACCGUAUUUUAUCCGCUUUGAAAACCGUUUUGCAACCCAUCGAAUGGAUGUUAACACUGGCUCUAUUACGGGUAGUCCUAGUUCAUUUAUUGCGAUCUAGUACAUCAAGCAAUAAUAAGCAUAAGUAACACUUACCCUUGAGGAUUCCAGGUUCUUUCAGUUCCCCCAAAAUAUACACAAGCACAACAGAUUCAUACUUUUCAUGCGGCUCAACCUUAUUUGGCUUAGAUUCUCUCACAAUAUAUUUUUUUAAAUGAUAGCAGACACACGGAUGGUAUAUUCACAUUCUCAAAAAGCUUCAAAGCUUUUUCAACUCCAACCCAGGUUCUAAAUUCUCUGGGUUUAAUUUGUUCUUCACUUGAGGGCGUGGGGUAGUAGAAAUAGGUGUCUGAUUGUUGGCGACUUUAACGCUCCACAUAUUAAUUGGGGGGAAUUAAACUCCACUAGUUUGUAUACCUGUUUCAAUAGGGAGCUCACAUUGACAGUGCUUGAAUGUGCACUCGUGCAACAUAUGCAUGCACCAACACGGUAUCACCCUGAACAUGAUCCAUCUACUCUAGACUUGGUAUUGACACACCAGAAGGAGGACGUUGGUAACAUUAGGUGCCUCCCGCCGCUUGGCAGCAGUGACCACAUAGUCAUUGCUUUUACGUUUAGGAUUCAUUCUCUCAUGCACAGGCCAAAAUCUGCUCGUCCAAACAUUUGGAAAGCGGAUAUACAAGGAAUCCGGAACGCAGCAACUGUGGUUGACUGGUCAGUUGAUACAAGUCAGACUGUCGAGGAAGCUUGGGUAGGAUUUAGGAAUACACUAGAUUGUGUCACUUCACCUUUUAUACCUUGGUACACUCCUCGAAAGCCGUCGCAUGAACCUCCUUGGAUCACUAGUGAAAUAAGGAUGUUAUUAAGACGGCGAAAGAACUUAUGGGACCAAUUUGUUAUGACAGGAAGGGAAAACUUCCAGAAAGACUACCGCAAAAUUCGAAACCUCUGUAAGUAUGCGAUUAACAAGAGUCGUAUAGAGUACGAGAGACGAUUAGUACUAGAUUGCGUUCAUUACCCGAAAAGGUUUUACUCGUAUAUUAAACGUAGGACUAAAACUAGCAGUGGUAUACCGUCACUCAUAACCAUUAGUGGAGAAGCGGCUGAGUCAGACGAAGGGAAGGCUGAAAACCUCUCUGAAUACUUCUGUGACGUCUUCUCGUCUGAUAGUACCACCCAGGGAUAUGGCGAGGUCACUGCCAUCGCCACUCAGAUGCCCUCAAUUGUGGUAGAGCACACAAAGGUUCUGAAACUACUGUCUAAACUGAAGCCAGGUAAAUCACCUGGGCCGGAUGGACUCCACCCUAAGUUGUUACUUUCCUUGGCGGAUAUAAUAUAUAUUCCGCUUACGGAGAUUUUCCAAAUGUCUCUGACGCAGGCUAAGCUACCCAGGGACUGGAAGGAUGCCAUUAUAAGCCCUAUCUUCAAGGACGGGGAUAGGCAAUUGGUAUCUAACUACAGGCCGGUAAGUCUGACAUGCAUUAUUGCAAAGGUACUGGAAACUAUUAUAAGGGAUCAACUAUUAGCUUAUGUUGAAACACAUGGCUUGUUGGCUGUGGAACAGCAUGGAUUCCGACCAGGACGAUCCUGCUUGACAAACCUACUAUUGGCUAGGGAAGACUGGGUUGAGGCCAGAGAUAGGGACCAUCUGUUGGAUGUGGUUUUUAUUGAUCUUAGCAAGGCGUUCGACAAAGUAUCCCACUUAGGUCUCCUUAGUAAACUGAAAGGUUUCGGACUAGACCAAUGCCUAUGUGAGUGGUUUAGAGAUUACUUAAUGGAUAGAAGGCAGAAGGUUAGAGUUAAUGGUGUACUAUCAGGAUGGAAAGCAGUAUCCAGUGGAGUGCCCCAGGGAACUGUAUUAGGUCCUUUGCUAUUCCUAUUAUACGUUAACGAAUUACCAGGGAUUCUUUCUUCAUCUUCAUUAUUAUUUGCAGAUGACAUUAAGGUAUGGAAAACUGUAAACAAUAACGAGGAUAGGUUGGCCCUACAAAAUGACUUAGAUAAAUUAGCUGAGUGGUCAAGCCUAUGGAGUUUGGAAAUGAAUGCUAGGAAAAGCGCGGUAAUGCACUUAGGUCAGAAGUCUUAUACGUCGUACUCCCUAGGGGAUGCAGAACUACCUGAUGUCAAAGAACAGAAGGACCUAGGAAUCAUUGUCAGUAACGAUUUGAAAACAACUGCAAAUUGCAGUGCAGCCGCAGCUAAAGCUUUUCGAAUGCUAUGGGCAAUUCGAAGGGCUUUCAAACGAUUAGACGAGGGCAUGUUCCAAAUACUCUACGCAACAUAUGUCAGGCCUCAUCUAGAAUACUGCAUACAAGCGACGAGUCCAUGCUUCAAAAAGGAGGCACAUAUUCUGGAAAGAGUACAGAGAGUAGGAACAAAAUUAGUUAGUGGUAUCUCACACCUUCCUUAUGAUAAGAGGAUGGAGCAUUUAAAUCUCUUCCCGUUAUCAUACCGAAGGAAGAGAGGCGACUUAAUUUUGGCAUACCGUAUACUUAAGGGUGAUUUAGGAACUGACCUUUCUAACCUUUUCUCCCCUUCUAGGAUACAUUUACGGGGUCACCGCAAAAAGGUGCUCAAACCAAGGACGAUUAAAAUACGUGCAGAAUUUAGAUUCUCUCACAGAGUGGUCAACGAUUGGAACUCCUUACCUGAUUCAGUAGUAUCAGCUCCAUCGGUGAACGCUUUCAAAGAGAAGUUAGAUCUCUGCAGAGAUAUACUUUGCAAGGAUUAACACAGGCCACAAGAGCCUUCUAUCCUUAUCAUCUGAAUCUGAAUCUGAAUCUGAAUCUGAA